GCAAUCCCCACCAGCAUCCAUUCCGAUAGUUUCACCAAGCCUGUGCGUCACAUUCACAAACACACCAACGUCUGCAACCGCCUCUUUCAUUUUCUCCUCACACGGCGUCAACGGUGUAGUGCCGUUGCCGUUCAAACGAAAAAAACUACGAACGCGGUCUAACGAGUAGCGGAGUUUGUUCCGUUUGCAGAAAUAGAUUGCGUCGCCACACCUGGGAGUCUACCACUCGUCAGCGUUCCAUAUAUUCAACGUCAUCAGCAAAGUCGUUACAACAACCAUGUCGAGCAAAAAGAAUAAAAAGCAAAAGUGGAUAUCAAUAGAAACUGAGGUUAUUUCAAUUGCUAGUGGAACAUGCUGGGCAGAUGAAGCAGAAAAAGAACAUAAUGGAAAACAUGGAUUUGCUGGUUUUGGAUUUGAACCUAAGCCAUUAAACCUUCCUAAGGCACCAAGAGCAGCAUGCGAAUCUAUUAUAGAUGAAAGCACUGUGCCUCAAGAAGGACCAUUCUUGGUUCAUAUGUCAAAUUUGCAGUUUGAAAUUGAUGAAGAUGAUAUCACAAAUUAUUUUAAAGGACUGAAGAUAAACAACAUCAAAUUACCACGUAAUGACAAUGGCCGUAAUAAAGGAUUUGGAUAUGUAGAGUUUGAAGAGCGAAAAGAACUAAUCACUGCACUUGGAAUGGAAAAUUUGAUUCGUGGACGUCGGGUCCGAGUUGAACUGGCUAGUGGUAUGCAAGAUUCCAGAAAUGCUUUUCAAAGAGGCAGUCGUAUGGGUAUGGACUUUCCUAGUGAUGAACCUGGUGAUUGGCGAUCGACCAACCGAACUUCAAAUACUGAUGAUAGAGGAGGAUUUACUAGGCGACGUGAUGGUGGUGCUUUUGAUAAAGAUCAUGAUAGUGAACGAGAUAAUGGUCCUUGGAGAAGUGCCAGACGUAAUGUUGAUGAUGAUAUACCACGUAAACCAUUUAGUGAUCGUCGUUUUGAUGAUUCUGAAAGAAGACCUUUUAGUGACCGGCGAAGUGAUGACCCCGAUGGUGGAAGAAGACCUUUUGGCGAUCGUCGAGGUGAUGACUCUGAAGGUGGUAGAAGACCAUUCAGUGAUCGUCGAGGUGAUGACUCUGAUGGUAGUAGAAGACCAUUCGGUGAUCGUCGUUAUGAUGAUUCCGACAGUGGAAGAAGACCUUUUGGUGAACGCCGUGAUGAUAUCGAAGGUGGACGAAAACCAUUUGGUGAAUCUAGAAGAGGAUUUGGUUUUAAACGAGAUGAUGAUUUGCCUGAUAUUGCUGGAGAAAAUACUUCACAGCCUCAAGAACGUCCAAAGCUCAUACUUAAACCAAAGACUGUAGAUCCUAAUGCACCAAAGACUGAAGCACCUAGCUAUGUAGCUGCACCAUCUAUAUUCGGUGCUGCCAAACCUGUUGACACGGCAGCUAAAGAAAGAGAAAUUGAAGAAAAACUUUUAGCCAAAAAUGAACCAAAACCUCAAUCAGAAUUAUCUGGUGCUUCUUCAGAAACCAGUUUAAAUGAGACUUCUGAUAAUAAAUGUCAAGAAGAAGCAGAAGUAAAACCACCUCAGCCUAAAUCAGUUGAAACAUGGAGGCGCAGAAGUCCACGUCGAACAAAUGAUGAUGAUCGUGUACCUCGACGAAGAGCUUCUCCUGAACGUAACCCCAGAUAUGAAGAAGCUCCACCUCCACGAGAAAAUGCCUGGGAAAAACAUUCUUUAAUCAAAGAAUCCUUGUCUUCCGAAGAAAAUGUGUGCAACGGAACUCCAACAAUAGUGGAAGAUGAAAAACCGAGACCGAACGUUUACAUUCCACCAAAUCUUCGUAAAAAAACUCAGGAAGAAGCUGUGAUAUUAGAUCCAGUAGAAUCUGAACCUAUUAGAGAAGAAACUUUACCAGUUUUAGAUAAAAAUGUACCAGACAGAGCAGCUGAUGGGUCAGAAAUUAUUGAAACUACAGUUGUAGAAGCUCCAAAUGAUGUUAGAACUGACCCUGAUGGCCAAUCUAGUGAACCCGAUGUAGUGAAAGAUCAAUCUGUUAAUGAAGAAGAUACAAAUGAUUCUGGAUUUAUUGAAUGUGGAAAAAAUAGUUCUGAUAAAUAUAAAUCCAAAAAAAAGCCUAAAGUCAUUAAAAAAUUAUCAGAAAUAGAAGUUAAGAAAAAAGAUCCUGUUAUAACCAAGGAACUAAAGAAAUCUACUAGUAAUAAAUUUGCUGCACUUCUUGAUGAUGGUUCCAAUGAAUAGGGAAUACAGUUUAUUUUUUAUAUUUGUUCAUUAAAUUGUUAUAUUACU